UAAAACUGGCAACGAAAUUCAAUAACUAGAACAGUUGGAAUAUUGUACACUAGCGCUUGCGAAAUGAUGUGUACCGAUCGUGAUUUAAGAAUAGUAGCCCGCACGGUAUUUGAGCUUAUAGGCUAUAGCCACUAUUACAUUCAAGCGCUAGUAGUACAUUUUCCAGUUUUUUUUUUAAUAGUGAUUUCGGUAGACACUUCAUAAUGAUUCGUCGGGUAACCAUACUAUCUUAGUCCGUGGUACCAACGCCGAAAAAUAUCUUAAAACGAAAAACGCAUUAUUAGACAAACGUGCCGAUGCCAGAUCGCCAUAUUGGUCAGUGCGUUUCCAGUCGUCCGUUGACAAGUGCCUGUUAUUGUUAUUAUUGACUUAUUGUUAUCGAUCCAAAUGAUCUAGUGCUGGUAAACAGAUAUCGCGUCCCUUCCGUCUCCACUGUUCUCGUGUAUACCUAUUUUUUUUUUUUUAUUUUUUUUUUACCAUACUACUUAAACCAUUUUAAAAAUGUUUAAAUGUCCAAAGUGUACGGUUACGUGUACACGCAAAUACAAUUUAACUAGGCAUCUUAAAACACACGAUAGAGUCCGCCACAGCUACCGGUGCGGUAUGUGUAUUGCAACGUUCAAGACCCAGUAUAUGUUGUCACGACAUAUAAUAAGAGUCCAUGCCAUUGUUUACGCCCCUGCACAUAGCAAAUCCAACAAUGUUAAGGCAACUCCUCAAGUUAAUGUCCCCCACAGCCCAGUUGGACCACAUAUUGUUGAUUUUUGCUCGGAUAAUGAAAUUUUUGUUACAGCUUUGAAUGAAUUUGAAAACACAGACUUGUAUGAUACAAUUCAAGUUAAUGAAGAAAUAACUUUUACUGCUAACAGUGUUAAUAAUAUUGAAAUCAAAAAAGAAUAUAUACCUGCAUGCGAUCAACUGAUUGCGGUACAUAGUGAAAACUUACACAAAAGAUCUGCUCUGAGAGAAAUUUUUAAAAAGUAUCAGAAGGUGCAUAACUCUCCAACUAAAAUGUUAAACUGGGUAUCACAUGCAGCAUCAUUUUCAUAUCAACUUAAUUUAGAGUUCAAUGUAUUAGGAAUUUUAAUGAUGGAUACACUUGCUGAUGAUUUAACUCCCAUAGAUGAGGCCAUAAUACAGAUGUUGUACCAAGACUCAUCUAUUGUUAUGGAAAAGAUACAACAUCACACACAAUACUAUAUAUUCAUGCAGUUAAUAUAUAGCCACAGAAGAAUAAUGGAUAACAUAUCUAACAAUCUCAACAAUCAAAUCAAAACUAAUUGGAUGAAAAAUACAAUCAAAAUACUAGAAUAUUUUGAUUUUACCCAUGAUACUGCCAAGUUUAUGAUAGAAAGAAUAAAA